AUGACCACCGGAAAUGAAAUUAGUGGUAGUCUGACGACGCAGGGUGACGACAAUGUUUUCCAUUUGGAGGACAGUUACUCAUACAGUGACCCGUUUGGUGGGGCGACUUUGAGUUUGCGAGAGUACGGUGACAGUUUACCGACCGAUAGUUUGGAGAGCGUUUUGGGUGGAGGGGUUGGGAGUGUGGUACAAGUUCAGCAAGUGCCACUAGUCCUUAGUAUAAAUGCGACCGAGCAGAGGGUCUCGGGAGGUCGGCUGUUUAUCCAAAAUGCUCGAAACCUCCGGACCAAAGUCAUGUCGAAUGGGGUAGAAGUCAUUGUGCGAGGUUUAAAAACUGCACUGGUGGGGUUCGAAAAGACCCCGUGGUUACCACAAAAAGUCACUCCGUCGAAACCCGUGACACUGCCGGGACACACCGUGUCGAAACAGUUUCACCUCAAAGAUAACCCUGGCAAACAGGCCAACGGUAUAGGACAAUUGUUACAGUCCAUCGUGCGCUCAGCAACUCCUGAUCUCGUUACCAAAACUAUGCUGACCACGUUCACGUAUAAAACUACGAUACUUAAGAGGACGAAUACCAUCAUUAAGAGUCACGAAGAGGUGGGUGGAUAUUUUUUUGUAGCUUUGUUCUCGAUAUUGGGUCGUCUCCAACAUAAUCACGCAGCGGUUCCAAUCUCACAUAAAAGUGACGCCCUCUCCGCUCCAGGAGAUUUCGACGACAACCCUCCCACCCGACUUGUUCGUCUCGCAUCUCGCGACCUCCCCUACAUCACGGACACCCAUACGACGACCUACAUCUACCAAAACACCUUCACCGUCGGUGGUCUCCCGAUGGUGCUCACGUCGCGAGAAACGGUUUCCAACGCGGUCACUCUUCCCGGCUAUUUACCCACCGAACGCCACCCAGAACCCAUCCGGUCAACCCCCACUUUUGAAACGGAGACGCACUACAGCACAUACACCUUCUCCAAGACGUUGAAGGACCGCUCCUCCGAAAAAGUGGUGACCACUCGAGAAACCGUGACACAAGUGAUCAUCACGGAAGAACUGGUUCCAGUCAGAACGUCACUUCCGGUUCCAACCGCGACCAAUGGGAUCACUUAUUUUACCACGUUCACCCAUCUCCAGACGCAACUUGGCUCGCUAGGCGACCUCACGGUCCGCACGAGCACUUCCGUUCAGUCCAACGUGGUAAAACCGGAGGCAUCUUUUUCCCGAAACCGAGAAACGACCGGAUUGACGACGACUUUGGCGCAGACAAAAACACUGACACCAGUCCUGCUCUAUGCGACCAAAGUUUUCUACACAAGUUACACUUAUUAUACUACCGUUCGUCACAAGGAUUCUACUAACGGACCGGCAAAGAUCCAUUCCAGGACGCAAGUGGUAUCUCGCGUGGUUACGGAAGCACUUCAAACGGCGUUUGACGUGAGUUAUGUCAACAAACUGAAGAGUUCGUACUUGUCGAGGCACUCGACCUUGUUGGACGUGACGUCCUCCGUGCAAGAAAUUAUACCGACAAAGACAAUCGACGCGUCAGAAGUGGAGGGUGUGACUACUUUAGUCACGCAGCAAGUGAUCCACCCCCACUGGCCGAAGGACGAUGAGCGCUUAUCCGUUGAAAUUGAACCGAGUCGGAUUGCACCAAAUUUUGUAGAGCAUCAUCAACAGCGACCCUUUAGUAAACCCGUGUUGACCAGAACUCCAGUAAUUUCAUCGUCCGAAGAGCACUUUGACGAGGUGAAGGAAGGCGUACAUAAAAUCGUGAGUGUCCUCACGGACACAAAACUCCCCGCAAAAGUGAAUCAUAUCAAUUUGAAACCGAGUCGGACAAGUGAGAUCGAUGAUUUUUUACUCCCGAGACCAACAGCGAGUAUAAAUGUGAUUGGAGAGGAUGAUGACACUUUUUUACAAGAGGAGGAAGAAGUGACGCAGCCGAAUAGUGACGAUUUUGCAGAAAUGUCAAUCACCGAGUUGAGUUUGGACGAUGGAGAUGACGCCCUCACGCUACGCCCGGUUUCGCAUGUUCCCACGCCACCCUUGAGAACGUCCACGGAGAGGAGUGAACCUACCUCCAAGGGGCCGCUGAAACUGAAACCGUACAUAAUUCAGAAUAAAAUUCCGAUCAAGGACCAGAACGUGGAAUUGGACCUUUUCCCUGAAAUUGGGCCCCCGCCAAAGAAACCGGUGAUCGUGGAUUAUCCGCCAGAUUAUGAAGGUCAUGAAGACGAUGAGCCCGUCGUCAUUACGCCACCUGCCGUGACGAAAUCUUCGUCAUCGUCUUCCUUAGACAAGAGGAAGGGGAGCGUCACUCUGAUAAGCGCGUCCUCCUCGUUUGGCGGAGGAAUAGUUAGUCCCACGAAGGAAAUUCUAUCCCUAAUCUCGGAAAUGACUGAUGCCUCGGAAGAAAGCGAUGACAAUGUCACGCCGCCAAAAAUUUACAAUAUUCCGACCACCUUUGAUACAGAGGCGUUCAAUCAGCAGGAGGAGGACAAGAAGAACAACAAGACUCAGAAUUACGGUGGUCAAAAAAUAGUUAACGUGACAAUACCCGGGAUUAGUGACGAUGUACCAGAAGAAGAGGAACCAGUGAUGGAAACAACGCCCGCAGAUUCGGAAGAGGUGACAAACAGUGACGAAGAAGAAGCCGACCCGUCGUCCGAUGACCUUACAAUUGUCGAGGACACGAUACCAUCUCCUUCUCAGAGUAAUGACACCAGCACCACGGACGUACUUGCAUCAAGUGAGACAACCUCCACCAACUCUACUGAACUUGCCGAUGACGACGAUGACCUCGACAGUGACUUGAUCACGACCCCAGUUUCCACCGGUGAAGACGACGUCAGCAACAAAAAUUCAAGCGGAGAAGCCGAGUUGGCCACCAUUCUUCCCACCACUCUUGUCGAACAUGAAGAUCUCCUCGCGCCUGAAGAAGAAACGACAGGACCGUCAAAACUUGACGAGCUUUUUACCUCCGAAGAACUCGCCUUCAUCUCCACGGGACGUCCAGAGAACAAGAAAAAGACGACGACACGCUACACCACGAGCAAACGUCCCACAAAGAAGAACAAGAACAAAAAUCGGUAUCCCACCAACUCGGCUCUCAUCCCAUUUUCCGACGAAUUCGAUUCUGGCGAAUCCUCCACGAAUGUCUAUGCCCUUGCUCCGGUUCGAUUUCCAUCCUUCUCUUCCCCCGAAGAGUCUGAUGAACAGCAGGACAAACAAGAUUCCAAGGACAAGAAUAAUAACUCCGACGAGGACGACAACUCAUCCGAAUCUGUCGAGACGAAGAACAAGAACAAAAAAUCGGCCAAAAAACGUCCCCGUCAACCAAGACCGCCACACCAAUCGUCCUCCUCCAAUAAUAACAACAUGAAUACAUUCUCAGGUCCUAGCAAGUCUGCGAUUUCAUUCCCCAUCGCGGCCGGAGGUGGAACCGCGAUCGCGACGGCAGCAACGAACGCGUUCAACUGGAAACCACUCCUCAAUCUGGGCGCGAUCGGUCUUGGAGGACUCGGAGCAUUCGGCACUACGAAACUUGGACCGUUGUUCAACUCUGUCGCGGGAUAUAUGAAAGGCGCAAUUCUUCCAAUUUCUCGAAACGAUACACAACACAAUAAUAACAAUAAUAAUAAUAAUAAGAACAAUAACAAAAUGCACAAUUAUUACAAGCACAACCCAAAGAAAUCGACCAUUGGUGGAGGAGAUAAAGGAUUGCGCCGGCCGUACUACCAACGACCCCCGAAUGUCGAUGCGCCCAUUUCCCAGCAUGCAGAACACAUUUACAUCCCUUUGAAAAAUGAGAACGAGGCGAUUUCAAAUUACCGUUUUUCCGAUGGAGGAAUCAUCCGUCGUCCGGUUAUCACUCACGCGCAGGAACCCAACUUUCGACCCUUGGCGAACGGAAGGGAACCGGACUUUGUCGCGGGUCCGUUGCCUCCUCCGGUGCAUCAUCAUUACCCCGGAGGUGGCGAUGGUGGCAUCGAAAUGCCAGAUUUUCCACCCAAACACAACUACAAUUUUGCCCCACCGCAUGACAAUCAACCCAAUAUUUUUACGGAACAGGAGAACGGUGAGUAUGACAAUCAACCGAGUCUGCAUAAACACGGAGAUCCAUCGCCCGGACCGUUUUUAGAGAAUAAUAAUCAACACCAACAUCAUGAUGAGAAUAAUAAUGAUGAAAAUCCAGAAGGGAAAACUGACUUUAUUUUGAAACCGUUGCAUAAUUUGAUAAAUGGGAAACCACCAUUUGGAAAUUCUAAUAACCAGCGUCCCGGUUGGAUUACGCCCGUCUUACGACCCACACAUGCCACUGGUGGAGGUAAUAAUAAUUACGUCAACAAACCAGGUCCUGUUAGAAUACCGCCGGGUAAUCAGAUUAAACCGAUUUUCAAACCACGCCCUGGUCCGGCAAGUAUCGAAAUGAUAAAUGAAAUCAAGGACACUAUAAGUCGACCUCCUCCGUACAAUUUGGACGAGCCGCCGCCACCGCCACCACCAAAUUCGCCACAGCUAUUUCUCCCUCAGAGGAACCAUAAUAAACCGAACGGUAAUAAUAAUUACGGUAACCGACUUCCUCCCGCUCCACAGGGUCCACUGCGCAUAAAUAUCCCCGGACUGAACCUCCAUUCCGACGAGGUCACAAAUAACGAGCUGCCAACGCCCUGGCUCCCGAAAACUCCGGCGGGGCAUGAACGCUACAAUGAAAAUCCGUUCAAAGAUGGUCAACUAAAUCCUCCCAGAAUUAUUAAUAAUCAGAAUAAUAAUGACCAGAAUGAAAACACGGCACAGGCCGCGUCUCACGAGUCGUUCGAUUCGCACGGAGAUGAUCAAAGACCAUUCUUCAAUCAGCAAGGUUUCAUCACGAGGGAUCAUUUCAACGAAAUUAUGGCAAAUUCAUCAACACGACCUCGUCCACAAGGACCGAAUAAUUUUAAUAAUGGUGAACCACCCGCAUUCAUGGCGAGGCCUGGGAUGCGACCAAUUUCUCCGUUUCACAGACCUCCCUUAUUAAUGGGGGAAGAUUCACAACAUCCGAAUUUUGGACAGCAGUCCCCUCCUAAAUCGUACUUUAAUAGCAACAUGGGAUUUCCUCCGAGGAACGAGUUGGAACGUUUUAGACCGGAAGACCAUCAAAAUCGUCCCCCAUUUAAACCCAUCGGAGAAAGUAAUGAGGUUAUUGUGUAUCCUCCUAAUUUUGAUAGUAAUCGGCGACCUCCGCCACUCCCACAACCACCGCAACCACCAAGACAGGAAUAUUUUGACCCUCCACUUUUUGGAGGUCAUCAAGGAGGUCACAGUCAUGAAGAUACUACAAGAAUACGACCCACUCCACCACCACCGCCCGCACUGGAAGACCAUUUCCCACCCUCUCGACUGCCCCCUUGGCCAAACAGCGGUCCUGGUCCGGGUCAAUUACCGGGACGAUUUCCAAGUCCGAUGAAUAUAUUUGACGCUCCAGAACUAGUCAAGGACAAAAAUGUCGUUGUGAACACUAAUCCAACCAACAUUCAGAGGAUCGUUGACCCACCACACAUUAUGCGUCGACCGCCCCAACUCCCACCAAAUCCACCCUCCACGGUCUACAUUGUGGAGGAAGAGCUUCACAAGGAUGACGAUUUCGAUUCCAAUUUUAUCAAAAAUCAUAAAACAAAUCCGAACUUAGGAAAUCUCAAUAACCACAAAAAUUUCAGUGGAGGUGGUUCCCGAGAACGCUUCACCACUUCGACUUCACCCACAAAUAAUGUGCAGAACAAGGGGUACACGUUUCCCAAGUGGAAAUCAACCACUCCAACGACCCCCACAACGACAAGAGAAGUCACAACAACUACCUCAUCGCCAACUAAUAAUAACUCUACCACGACAAAUCGUGCCCUGAUUUCGCGCUUGUUCAUCCGUCGAUUCACCACUACGACCACCACCACGACGGCAAGACCUGCCUUACCGUCUUCAUCGACCCCAUUUUCCACCAGAGUUCUUCCUCCUUGGAUGUCGAUUAAGACGAAGCCACCGCCGCCACAAAGCACCACCGCCAACCCGACGACGAGUCCACCAAAAACAUCGCUGCCCAUAUUCAACACAAACUUGAUGAACGACCUGAUCAACUUUGAGGAAAAGUUUAAGCAGAAAUACGGCGUGAGAAAACCGUCAACGCUAAGCUCGGAAGCGUCCUCAUAUCCAACGCAUGCGCACGAUAAACCCAGUUUGGAACAAGAAGACGAAGAGUUGAACGUGUCAAUUUAUUCGGAAGAAGAGGAAGAUGGCGACCCGUACCAGCAGAAUCUGCACAACCACCGCGAUCAAGAUCACGCCUCCUCCACGGCCGGAAAUGGGACUGAUCUUGACCUUGACAAUGACGACGUCUUGCAUCCGAACCACCACCCCAUCCACAAACCACCUAUCGAUGUCACUAAAUACUUGAAAGAUGUCGACGAGGACGAGUUUGGUCAACUCUAUCAAGGCACCGAAGACAAGGACACGGUCGUUGAUCCCGUUAAUCAGCAAAUCAUCAAGUCACCACUGGAUAAUAGUCAUACGCAGAGGCGAAAUAAUUUGACCUUGACCCCCUUCAUGCGCAGGUCAACCACCACUACCACCACGACACCGGAGCCCACGAGCGAAAGUGCGGAAGGAGGCACGACAGAAAAUACGUAUCAAACCUUAUCAGUUUCUGAGGAGGAGAAAAUCUUACAGAAAUUCACUCCUCCUGCGCACAUUGAAUUCACCUCGAACCCGCCGGGCGGCUCGAACUUGUGGUGGCCGACGACCUUCCGACCCAAGAAUAAUAAUAGAGUGAUGCUCAUCGGUCAAAAUUUCGACACGCCGACGACCUAUCGACCUUCCUCGGCUGAUAAUCAUAACCACAAUGACAUCCAACCUGCCGCAUCUAAUGGAAUAAGUAGUCGUAGACCGUUCUUGGCGCUAAAUCCGAAUAAUAACAAACGGCCUGCACCACAAGGAGGAAUGGCGUCCUUUUAUGACGACGAGGAGAGCAUGGGGCAGAUCAAGAUGAAAAAUUCGGAGAUUCACAAGCUCCCCACGUACAUUAAGAGACCGUCGCCCGGCCUGGGAAUCGCGCUCGUCCGACCGGAAGAGAUGCAAGAGUAUGAAAAAGAGAUUUCUGGCGAGGCUGGUUUCGACCGAGGCAGCGAAGUUGGGAAUAUCAGAGAAAAGUUGAACAAAGUGGCCGAUAAGAUUAAGGAAUAUCCCGAAUUUCCUGAAGAUAACGCGUCCCCCGAAGUCGGGCAAGAUAUCAGCAUCGAAAUAGAAAAGAUGACGACAAAACCGGUGACGGAUACUAAAAUCCAAAUCGUUCGACCCCCACCGGUCAAAAACCAGUCGACCCUCGUCGUCGUCACGACCUCGUCAAGUAGACCCACCACGGGAAAACAUGACAAAAAUAAUGAAGGCUCCUCUCCCGAAGUCCAAGUCCACCUCGGAGGUCAACAAGAUGGGAUUGACCCUCAAAAUGGAAACGGUCACAGAGAAUCGAGCUACAUCUACGAGGAGGAAUAUUACGAUGAUGACGAUGACGCCAAGAGUGGCGAAGGUGACGAUAACGGUCCACCAUCCGGCGAAAGGCGACCUUCCAACGGAGUAACGCCACAAGGAAAAAUCGUCUUCUUCCCGAAACCGAAACCAACCCCGUCAGCAGCCGUAGUUUCUUUGCCACCACCACCACCGCCACCAUUUCACCACAUUGCGGGUCACAAGGUCAACAAUAACCAGAACAACUUCCAACAGCAGCAACGACCCCCACCACCACCGCCACUGCCGAUGCAUAAUCUUCAUCACCACCCCCACAUCAAGAACAAUUUGGUCCUUGUCCCAGCCCCACCGCCGGGAACGAACCGCUUCCCACCCGUCCUGUUAAAGAACAAUAAUAACAACAAACCCAUACCCGGGACAGGGUUACGCAUCUUCCAACAAAAUAACGGAAAUGGCCACUUGAGCAACAAUAUUAUCCACCAAUUCUCUCAGCAACAACCGAACGUGCCAAAAACGGAGAUGGAACCUCCACCGAUUGACAGCAACCGAUUGAAACCGCCCAUUCUCGAGUUACCAAGCAGCGGACCGAUAAGGUACCGACCAAAUAACGAAAGGGAUGGUGGGGGUGGAAGCGGAGGUGACAAUCGACCAAAUCUACUUCGACCGGAUGAUGACUUGUUUAAAAAUAAGUCGCCACCAGCCUCUCCCACCCCGCCGAUUGUCCACACCAUCGCAAGCGUGGACGAUUUCAACAAAAUUGUCGGGACGAACACGUUCACAGCAAUUAUUCCGACGAAGAGCGAUACCGCUAAUGAGGUCACACAAUCAGUCAGUGGAAACAAUUUACCAGAAAGCUAUGACGAUGACGACGACGAUGAUGAGGGAAAUGACAAUUUGGAAGGGUCGGAAAUCACCGUGGUUGUGCCACCAGUCUCAAACCCUGUCGAGGCAGGGGUCACCCCUGUCGUCAAAUAUACUGGGGGCAGGUUGCAAACAUCGGUGAUAUCUUUGCCUGCAGAGAACAGUAAUGAAGAUGAGGACGACUAUUACGAGGAGACUGUGACAACGACGACUACGAAACCUGUCAUCAGUCCUACACGAUCAAUAACAACGCCCCAGAAAACGAGGGGACCUUCGACCCCUAAAAACGUGACACAAUCACCACCACCCGCGCAUACUCGAGGUACCACCACCUCCACGACAACUACCACGAUGACCAGUACAGUUUCCAAUAACGCUUCGUCUUCCACCGGAAUCACGAGGAGACCUCAACUCACUCAAAUUCUCAGAUUUACAACCACCACAAAAUUACCAUUGGCUUCGUCCACCACUACAAAACCCGUAAUUCGUCGACCCUUCAUCCCCACGAGAGGGCCCGGACCGAACAUUGUCCCUUGGGCGAGACGACCGCAAACUAGUUCUACCACCACCACAGUUAAAAAUCCAGCUUCUUCCGGAGAGUCCAAUACGACCACCACCACAUCCGGAAAUAAGCGUCCCACUUCCACUUCCAUGACUGUACUUGUGUCCACAUCAAUGUCAAAUUCUUCAUCAUCAUCGUCCUCUCCAGAAUCGAAGCGGCCAUCGACCUCAAUUCUGCCACCCUUCCUCCGUCGACCUACCCCAGGUCAAGGGUCGCGUGGUGGAAAUAGUGGAGGAGUAGUUUCGUCCGAAGAAAAUAAGAGUGGUGGGAGUCGCGUCACCACGACGCUGAUUUCUCGUUUCGUUCCAACAACGACGCAGCGAGUGUCGACCACCACAUCGCCAAAAGGAACGACAGGAAAAGCGUCCAUCUUUCAAAAUGUGACCCAUCCACCACCCUCAAUUCGAACUGGGGGCGGAUCCUCGACCAGCGGAAGUGACGAAUAUGAAGAGUACUCCUACGAAGAGGAAGUUACCCCAACGCCACUCGGAAAUCGAGACAACGCCACCGUCUCUGUAGUCACACAAGUCUCGGAAAGUAUCAACCCGACGACCCGCAUUACCAGCACGGUCCCGACGAGAGGAGGUGGUGGACCGAGAUGGAAGGUGUCUGGUCCAGUGAAACCUAACCUUAAUGAAUUCAACGAAAAUGUCACCGUCCGUUACGUCACUCGUUCUGAGUCCGUCACGGUUACUCUGACCACGACCGAGACGUCAUCUUUCACCCGGAAUGGACACGUCCAAACUGAAACGAUCCUAAUUACGAAGACAAUUCCGCCCCAAACGCUCAUCUCGACAAUUGCUGGGAGCGUCACGCUCGUCAACACGCUCGACAUUCAGCCUACCAUCGUGAAGACGACGGUAUUUUCGGAGCCGACUCGACUCCCCGUGGCGACAACUUUCUUCGACACGUCGGAAUCUUCGGCUCCUUCUCCUUCCGGUGAUCGUGAUCGAGCCACAUCAUCAACGGAGAGAGUAAAUCUGAGCGGACUUGUGACGAAAGGAAAACUCAGACCGACUCCGACGACGGCAAGAACACCGGAAAUUUCGGAGACUGCUUUCUCCGAAAAUUUACCCUGUUUUGCAAACUGCACGGCAAACGCGAAUCAAAAUCUGGCCUGUCGUACGUACGCGAAUGCGACGAGAUCGAGAUGUGACUGUAAACCGGGUUAUGCCCGGAUGAAAUCGAAAUACCCGUGUCGACCAACUUUCACCUACGAAAUGCGUCUCGGCAUAAAUCACAUGGACGGAAUGUUGUUCGACUUUAAAGACUUGUACAACGCGGCGAGCGACGGUUACCUGAAUUUCAUCACGAUUACGAAGGAAGCCAUUGACAAGGCGUUUUUAGCGACGGAUAUAAAACGACAAUUUCAGGGAAGUGAGGUCAUCUCGAUUGACCCGAUUCGACCCGCAAACAAGUCCGAGCCGAAGGUCAAUGUCGACUUCCUUGUCCAGUUGACCACCAACAUUACCGAAGAUCGGAUCAAGAAUCAUUUAAUUAGAACGUUGCGAACGUCGAAUUUUUCCAUCGGGAGGACGGGCGUCAUGUCGACGAGGGAUUUCAAUGAUUUUGCUGCUCGAGAUUUUAACGAGUGUGAAAAUCUAGAGUACAAUGACUGUUCCGAGAGUGCCGAGUGUGUGAAUAUCAGAGGAUCAUUUUCCUGCAAGUGUAAACUUGGGUAUAAGGACAAGUCGUCGAAGAGGAAGCCGGGACGUGAUUGUCAAGAAACUUCCGGCUGCGGCGAGUGCAACUUUAGAGGAACGUGUCAUAGAGAGCCAACCACAGGGAAUAGAACGUGCAACUGUUUCAAAUGGUAUGGUGGAACGACAUGUCAAAUCAAUCUGAAAUUCUUGCUCAUCGCCAUUACCGGAAUCGGAUCCGUUCUUUUCAUCUUGGUCAUGUUGUGUGGAACUUUACUGUGUAAACGGGGCGGAAAUAGUGGUGGCGUCGGUUCAGGACGGGAAAGAUCGAGGCGACCAGAAAGGACAGGAAGCGGACGAUUCAUGCGGUAUCGCUCACCCAACUCGCAAACCACUCUGGAACAAGGUAGUGGUGGGGAUAUGAUGGCCAUCAUGAAUGACUCGGCGAGCAGUGAUGGUGGACGCCAAAGUCCACACAAUAUCAUUACACACUCGUUCACACCGGAUUCAUUACUCAUCGACGUGGAUCCCAAAGUAUCAGGAAUUCCGUUACCUCAACCACCCCACCAAGGAGGACAUCACUCCUCAUCUCGCCACCACUCCACCUCAGACGUCAACCUGAUCAACUUUUCUCUCCGGAAUGUCGUCAUGGACAGCGACCGCGGGAUGGCCGUGGUCAUUCCAAGGGCAAAAAUUAAGACACCAUCGAGACCCCCGUCCACCCACGCGUUGAACACGUCCGACCACAAUCUUCCCGACUUGGCCUCCUCUACGGAAAAGAAACUCAUCAAUUAUUUGGACCAGACGGCGGCUUGUGCUGCACAUUCGAGCAAGAACAAUAACCUUUUGCUGCUACAGAAUGAGCACCACUUGCGCAAACUGUCGUUGCAAGAGCAACGGAAAAUCUCACAAGGAGCAUUGGUUUCCUCUGGGGAAGCCGUGUCUGCCAUCGGGGGAAUGCGGCGACGUUCCACCACCGGGUUGGACCCGACAGAAGCGACGUAUUCAGCUUACACAAAGUCCGUGUCGGAAGUAAGAUCGUACGACGAAACAAUUCGUUGUGCAGCAAAACCAGGAACGACAUAUACAACGGACACGUCCCGAGCUAGUUGUUACAGUUGUAAGCCCCCGUCGUACUGUGCGUACAGUGAGUCGCACGGUCACACGAUGGGGGACAAGGACGGCGCCUCAACAGUGUACACGACGCAAGGAAAGCUCUUCAGAAUGGCGCAUCGUCACGAUGAGGAUGACAGUAGUACGGCAAGCAGUCAAUAGGCGAGAAAUUUGCUACUUCUUCACUUCAGUAUCACGUCAAGAUUAACCAGUUCAUAGUUUUGUCAUCAAAGUCUUCUUCGAUUUUUCUGUACCAAAUCCACCCACCCAAGCCGUACGUGUAUUUGUAUGUAUGUCACACACCUUCAUUCACCAUCUUAAUUAUUUAUUCACAUGUUUUUUUUUUACAUAUGUAUCUAUUUACCUGUCAAAUAUUUAGUGAGACUAUUUUGUUACAAUUUUUUAUACUUUCCUUUAACUUAACCUGUGAGCAAUAAUAGUUUUGUACCUGACUCAAUGUUACCAUUUAUUUAGAUGAUCGUGCAAUUAGGAGUUGCACAAAAUUACCAGUUUUUUGUUACCCCGUGUGUUAUCAGCACGAUAAUGAAAUUGAUAAAGAGCUUGAUUUUUUUAUAUAAAUAAUUAGUUUUUAGUAAAGUUAGUAUCACAAGAGAGAAGAAAUAAUCUCAAAUGUAACCAUUUUGAGGGGUAGAUGAAGAUCUUGUUAAUUAAUUAAUUAAUUAUAAUUAGCACAAUUUAACAAUUAGUAUUUAAAUACUUUACAAAUUAUAUUUAUUGAUCACCCUUACAUACAUAUUUAUUUAUUUAUUUAAAUGCAGAGAAAGAGAUUAUACGUGCCAUAAAUUAACAAUAUUUUUCAUGUAUUUAUGUAAAUGAGAUGAGAAUGCUUAUUUAAAUAUUUAUUUUUAACCAGACACAAUUAACUAUAAUGUGUUACACAAAAGUAGAAAAAAGUAGUACACAGCUGAAUAGAGCCGAAAAUAAUGAGGGGUUUUCAACACUAAUAUCAACAUGGCAUCAUCUUCACAAAGUUAGCGUUAUUAAGUUAAUAUUUAUUAAUACUUAUUGAAUCAAUGUAACUAUUUAUUUUUGGUAUGUGGCAAUAUAAGAAGAAGGCGUAAAUAACAAUAUUGCGACAAAUAAAGUUUGAAAAUUGAUAAA